UUGGAUCGUCUCCUGCAAGUGCUACACAAGAAACAGAAGAUUGUCGUGGUCGCCGGCGCAGGUAUUUCUGUGUCUGCCGGCAUUCCAGAUUUCCGUUCUUCCGGUGGACUGUUUAAAAGCCUCAAGGAUGACUACAAGCUGAAAGGAUCUGGUCGAGAUCUCUUCGACGCGUCGGUUUACAAAGAUGACAGCUCCACGUCAUCUUUCCACGACAUGGUGAGCUCAAUGUCGCGUCUCACAAAGGACGCAAAGCCGACCGCGUUUCAUCACAUGCUCGCAACCAUCGCCGAAGAAGGGCGCCUGCUUCGGUUGUACACGCAGAACGUCGAUGGUAUUGACACGUCGCUUCCACCACUUGCGACCCAAAUUCCUCUGCGCAAAGGAGCCAACGGGAAAUGGCCGACAACAGUGCAACUGCACGGCGGCCUGGACAAGAUGGUCUGUUCCAAAUGUCACCAACUAUCCCCACUUGAUGCCGAUUUGUUUGCGGGUCCUGUUCCGCCCAUAUGUUCACAUUGUGAGGCAUUCGACAACAUCCGCACUCAGCAUGAAGGCAAGCGGAGUCAUGGCAUCGGUAGACUUCGACCGCGCAUGGUACUCUACUCGGAACAUAAUCCAGACGACGAAGCCAUCGGUGCAGUGACCAAAGAUGAUCUCCGUAAGCGACCCGACGCGGUCAUUGUCGUGGGCACGACACUGAAGGUUCCCGGCGUUCGGAGGAUCGUUCGUGAAAUGUGCGGAGUGGUGCGAGAUCGCCGAGGAGGCGUGACGGUAUGGAUCAACAAUGAUCCGCCGCCUGUGUCGAAAGACCUACAGGAUUGCUGGGAUAUCGUCGUGAAAGGCAAGUGUGAUGAAGUGGCGAAACGGGCGGCCAUGCGCAAGUGGAACGAU